AGGAGGGGGGGUGUCUGUUUUUACGUCUGGUUGCGUAGGAAAGAUCAUGGCCGACGGAGACUGAGAUUCCCCCCUUCUCUAAUAAAGCCCGGGAGAAAAAAUUGAAUAACCUAAAGGAUUCUCCACCUAACCAAUCUGUGGAUCCUCCCUCUGUUUCUCUGCAGAAGCUCUACCGUGCAUCUGCUUAGCUGGACCUGUGCACCAUACUUCCGUCUCCUUGGAUCAUGCGAAAACCUGGACAUCUAAGGGCGACUGACUGGAAGGAUGGCAGGAGACACGGACGACCGUCUGACACACACACACAUCAAGGUCACUUCAGUUGGGAAAAAUACCUUAAAGAAACUGGUUCCCAGCCAGCACCCCCUCACUGUUUCAGACAGUCAUGCUCGCCACCUUCCAAUGAUUACAAGAUUGGUAUGAAGUUAGAAGCCCAGGACCCAAGAAACACUACGUCAACCUGUAUUGCUUCUGUAGUUGGCCUCACAGGCGCUCGGAUUAGACUAAGACUGGAUGGCAGUGACAACAAGAAUGAUUUCUGGAGACUGGUGGACUCAUCAGAGAUCCAACCCAUUGGAACCUGUGAGAAGAACGGAGGCAUGUUACAGCCACCACUAGGUUUCCGACUUAAUGCCUCCUCAUGGCCCAUGUUCCUUCUGAAGACUCUAAAUGGAGCAGAGAUGGCACCUUCUAAAAUAUUUCACAAGGAACCUCCUUCUCCUGCACAGAACCACUUUGAGAUGGGGAUGAAGUUGGAGGCUGUGGACAGAAAGAACCCACAUUUUAUCUGCCCAGCUACCAUUGGGGAAGUGAGGGGUAGUGAGAUUCUUGUAACAUUUGAUGGCUGGAGAGGAGCUUUUGAUUACUGGUGCCGAUAUGACUCUCGUGAUAUCUUUCCUGUGGGAUGGUGCUCCCUAACUGGUGACAACCUGCAGCCACCUGGGACCAAAGUUGCCAUUCCAAAGAGCCCUCUGCCUGCUGCGGGUAUUGCCACUGCAAUGAUGCGGGGGCCCAAAAACCUGCUGCCUGUUGUUCCUGGACGCAGACGCAGAAAACCAGGAAGGAAGAAGGGUCAGCUGCCAAAGGCUCUUAUCCAUCAGCUGACAACUGCACCACCAAAAUUCAGAGAGCCUUUUCAUUUCCCCAAGAAGCGAGGUCCAAAACCAGGAAGCAAGAGGAAGCCUCGACUGUUGUUAAACCAAGUACCUACAUCUCCCACUAACAGUACCCCAGAGCCUGACACCAGUACAGUACCACAGGAUGCUGCCACUGUCCCAUGUGCAGCAAUGCAAGCUCCCACAGUUUGCAUUUACCUGAACAAGAAUGGGGAUUCAGGCCCACACCUAGACCGGAAAAAGGUCCAGCACCUCCCAGAUCAUUUUGGUCCAGCACGGGCUUCAGUCGUCUUGCAGCAGGCAGUUCAGGCUUGCAUAGACUGUGCACACCACCAGAAAACCGUGUUCAGCUUCCUGAAACAGGGACAUGGUGGAGAAGUGAUAUCCGCAGUGUUCGAGAGGGAACAACAUACUCUGAACCUUCCUGCAGUGAACAGUAUUGGUUAUGUUCUUCGAUUUCUGGAGAAGCUUUGCAGAAAUCUGAACUGUGAAAACUUAUUUGGAAAUCAGCCCUUCACACAGAACUCUCUACCGCCUUCUGGGUCGUAUGAUGAUCGGUAUCUAGCAGAAAGGGGUAACGCUGAGAACGGGGUCCAUGGGCCAGGAAGAGGCUCCAAGAGAUACCCACAUGAAGUACCUCCUUAUAAUGCCCCUUUAUGUCCAAAACUACCAAAGAAUGAUUGUCAUGUGUCAGAAGGGGAAACAUUCCUGUUGGAUGCUGGUCUCCCAGGGUCCAUGGAGCAACGUCUGGGCCCUACCAAUUCUCCCAAUAGUCCCAACCCUGGUAGAAUCUCCAGAAACUACCAUUCUCCAGCUCAACGCAGUCUUCAUCAGCAAAGCAGCCUUUCUCAAGGAACAGUGCGUAGGCUGAGCUCAGGUGAGUCAGAGCGGUUUCAAAAUGGUCGAGCAGGACCUCGUGACCCAUCGUCAUGGAACAUGGAGGAUGUCAUGCAGUUUGUCAGAGACGCUGAUCCACAGCUGGGAUCCCAUGCAGAUCUCUUCCGUAAACAUGAAAUUGACGGCAAGGCUUUGCUCCUCCUGAGAAGUGAUGUCAUGAUGAAGUACAUGGGGCUAAAGUUGGGACCUGCUCUUAAGCUUUCUCACCAUAUAGACAAAUUGAAGCAAGGGAAAUUCUGACCAACAUUUUGGUUACAUUUUUGCAUCCUCUAACUGUUCAUGUCUAGGACUCUGCUGCCCCAGCAGUCUAUUGGAGAAUCACCUUGUGAGGAAUGGGACUCAAAGCCCUGAAACCCCUUUUUUGGUGGGGUUACAAAAUGGUGACAAGAAGAACCGUUUCUAAAAUGAGAUCUUCCUCAAGCCCUGUGAACUUGUCCUUGGUAUUUCAAACUAGCGGGAAGAUGGGAGAUAAAGGCAUUACACUUAUGGGUGGGAUGUGCUCCCUAAUGUGCGCCCAAUAAAUCCUGACAAUACAUUUUUCUUAUCAUAUAUAGCACUGGCAGUGUACACCACGCUGUACAUAGUAGAGUAUAAUAGGCACAAUUAAUUACUGUCCAGAAAAAUUUGCAAUCUAAUGCUUUGUCAGAAUUAUUGGUGACCAUUAUAAGCCCUUAUACUUCAUAGACCAUUCUGCCCUCCCCAGUUUAAUAUUAUCUGACAGUCUGCUGUUUAUGUAAUAAAUCCAGCUAUACUGCCCACAUUCAUUGUUCUCAAAAUCCAUCUUACUUGCUGGUAUUUAUUGGGAAUGAGGCUGAUUUAUUUUGCAUAAAGAAAUUAUUCUGGAAUAUUAGUGCCACUGUACAAAUUUACAUUUUUUUUCUUUCACCUUUUAAACCAGAGAAAAAGUCUACUUUCUAUUUGGUUCAGAUAGAUAAAUUGUGGAAACCUAUAAAACAUCUUUCUAGAAAACCUGGCAACUGUUCAACAGAACUCAUCGCAUUUCUUGGUGAUUUUUUUUUUUUUUUACUCAAUCUGUUUAUUUCACAUAAAAUAUAUAGUGAAUGGUAUGCAGCAGUCAUGGAAAUAAUAUAUGCAUGAUUUGCUGCAAUCGCAAAACAACUGAA